GAGGGAGGAGGAACUAAAAGAAAAAAGUUAAACUAAAAAUGGCUUCCUUGUCUUUGGAGUCUGCAGAACAAUCUGAGAAUAGCACGGAGGAGUCUACCCAAGAGGCCGCUCCGGUAAAAGAGGAGGCAGAUCCGGAUGAAGUUUCUGAACAAUUGCUAAAAACGUUCCAGAACUCGGCGCUCAGCUUUUCGACGGAUCAAGUAGCAUGUCUGUGCGAAGCCCUUCUACAGGCGGGCAAUGUGGAUCGCCUGUGGAGAUUCCUAUCAACCAUCCCUCCUUCGGCCGAGCUGCUACGUGGCAACGAGACGCUGCUCAAGGCCCAGGCAGUGGUCGCUUUCCACCGGGAAGAAUUCAAGGAGCUGUACGCAAUAUUGGAAAGCCACGACUUCCACCCGAGCAACCAUGGGUUCCUGCAGGACCUCUACUUGCAGGCGCGCUACAAGGAGGCGGAGAGGUCCCGAGGUCGUAGCCUGGGCGCCGUGGACAAGUAUCGGCUUCGGAAGAAGUUUCCCCUGCCGAAAACAAUCUGGGAUGGAGAGGAGACUGUGUAUUGUUUCAAGGAGAAGUCUCGCAAUGCACUGAAAGAGUGUUACAAAAGCAACAGGUACCCCACUCCAGACGAGAAGAAAAACUUGGCCAAAGUGACUGGACUCUCCCUCACGCAAGUCAGCAAUUGGUUCAAGAACCGACGGCAGAGAGACCGAACCCCGUCCGGCACCAACAGCAAAAGGUAGGCUAUGCAUUCCUUUCUACAUUUGUAACCACACACCCCAUUAAAACCUUUCUCUAAACAAUGUUUCAUACACGAUUGCAUGUCUAAGAUCAAUGUCAAUAUGUUUCCUCUUAUAAUAAACACAAUUGCUUAUAUGUACAGUGUCAUUUGCAGAGUUGUUUGUUGUUAGAGAAGCAGGCAGACUAUGGGAGUAAAUAUAGCCGCUGCACACGGCACAAACUCUGUUCUAAGCUAUUGUUGAUUUAAUUUGACACAAAUAAACAAUGUUCACCGAAAUUCUCCUGAUCAGAUGGGUAGGAGUGAGCACUAGAAAGGAGCCUAAGAUUGUAACCAACUGUUACAUAUAUGGAUCUGUCAGCUGCAAUAUUAUUUUAGUGCUCCAAACAUGUUUUAUGUAAUGCAGACUUUUCUAAAUCAUGGGCUCGACUGUGGUUUGUCUCAACUGUAUGGUUCAUGUUCAACAUAUUUCAAUCAAAUGUCAUCAAUCCCUGCAGUAACUACAUCAAUCUGCGCAUGAACUCUUUGACAGUGAUAACGCCACACGUCUUAGAGAGCACGACUGGGAGCAAGAGCAUGUUGCUUUGUUGUGAAAUGUGAGAUCCGGGCGCCCAUUGUGGCUCAAGUUUCCUGAAAUCCUGCACCGCAAAGUCUCCCGACGGACCUCUGCGCGCUCUGGAGGCCCUACAGGGCUGGGAGAGCGGGAGAGAACAGAGACCGAGGGAAGAGAGAGGAAAUUGUGUGGGUGUUGGGAAUCAAAAGGAGGAAAUAUUAGAUUUAAAACCUUAAAAAUAUCUUCAGCUCUCCUGUGUACAUUUAAAAACCCAACACUCGUUUAUUUUAUUUUUUACUGUAGGACUAUAGGCUACAGUACACUCGUUUUGGAGAGGGAAGUUGGCAGCUUAAAUACAAAUACAUCAAAGCUACACAGGAAAUUGGGUUUUCCAUGUGUUAGUUGUUGAUGUAAUUUAUUCCCAUGUGUAGAGAGGAAAGGUGUGUGUGUGUGUGGAGAGAUAAAGAGAAUGCCGAUCAUCCCCCAUGCAGUCCAGUCUUUAUUUUACCUUCCAGGGGCUGUGGUGGCUGGGGACAGUAAAUCAGUUGUCCAUUGUUCUGUGUUAACCACACUGCUUCAGUGCACCAGGAUAGUUGAGGACAUACACAUCACAUACUGUCUAAACCAUAGGAUCAAAGGAGAUUGUCACUGACUGUUAUUGACCUACCAUAUGUUAUGUGUAUUGUAACAUUCUCAUCCCUUUCUCCUCCAACAUUCUCAUCCCUUUCUCCUCUUUUCUAUUCCAUCUAUCAUGCAAUCAUUGCCCUCUACUCUCCCUUCUUCUUCCAAUACGCUGUCUCUGUUCAUUGUCUCACUCCCCCUACGGUUCACUCACCCUAUCUUUCUCCUCUGCUCCUCCCCUCCUCUCCUGUGUUUUCUCAGUGAGUCCGAUGGCAACCACAGCACAGACGAAGAGGGUGAUGACAUCUCAGACAAACCAGAGGACAUUGUGGGCUCCACAGCCGCCAUCAUCUCCCUCUCUGGCACCCCCUGCAGCACUGGAGGCCAGAUCUUCCUCAACGGGGCUGGUGGGUUCCUCACCUCCUCCCACCCCUUACUCCUCAACGGGGGCUCCUUGAUCUCCGGGGCAGGGGGUGGGGUCAUCAUCAAUGGGCUGACCCUGAGCGAUGGUCACACGGUUACCCUCAGCCCCAUAUCGGCUAACUCGCCUCUGCUCUUCAAUGGAGCGCAGGUCAUAUCCAAGAGCAGUGAGGUUGAGCAGGAUUUGGGUCUGGAGAGCCAGGGGGUUACGGCCAUGGAGGCCCAGCCCAGCUCUGCCAUCUCCCUCCCACUGACAGAGGAUCUUAAGACGGACAAUGUUAGCCUUACGAACCCCUCAACCAUCCCCACCCUGGACUUCAUCAAUGUCCCAGAGGGGAUUAUUCUCAAAGCAGAGGACAUCCAGACAGUCUCUCCUUCCCCCUCCUCUUCCUCCUUGUCUUCCCCCUCAACAUUCUCCCCCACCUCCCCCCCCUCCCUGGUUCUGACUCAAAAUGGCCGCCUCUCCGACACCCUCACCCUCCCGGUGUCUAUGUCCUCCCCGGGCGUGGUCAUCUCCAGCCCUGUAGUGGGCCUCCCCAGCCAGCAGGGGGAGUAUGUGGUGUUUGCCACGGCUGGUUCUCAACUCACCCCCUCCAGCUCCAUCUGCCAGGUGGUGUCCUCCUACAGCUACUCCACCCCACAGGUCUUCUCCCUGCCUCAGGUGGUGCCCUCCAUCCAGGGUGUCCCCGUCUCCCAACUGGUCCAACACACCCCUGGAGGCCAGGUGUCCCAGUGUCCGCAGUUAGUCCCUGUGUCCCCCCUCACCUCCUCUCUCCCCCAGGGCACCCUCUCCCAGUUCCAGGGCCACCAGACUCUGAACAUCGCCCCCCGCCUCGCCCAACCCCUCCCCCAGCAUCAUACUAGUUCCUCUACGUUGGGAGAGGGAACCACCAUCCUCUCCCUGUCCCAGCUCCCCAAUGGACAGCUCCCCCAGGGACUCACACUCCAGCUGGGUGACCAGACCUCAGCUACCAUCCCCACUCUGACCCAGAUCCAGUCCCCUCUAGGCCAUCAUCAGAUCAUCUCCUCCCCUACCCAAGUGGUUCCCGUCUCUCAGUCCAAAGAGACAACCCCAGCCCAGUUGGUUCCCCUCUCCCUGCCCCAGCUGGUGCCUGUCUCCUCCACGGGACAACUCUCCUUCCCUCAGGUGGGCCCAGCCACCCCUUCUCUAUCUGGAUCUGGAGGGGCCUUCCAGAUCCUAACCUCGGCCCCUGGAGGUGUGAUGACUCAGGGGCCCUUCAGGAUAAAUCAGCUGGGACCUCUCCAGACUGUAGGCCCUCCAACCAGCAUGGCUCCUGGUGUCCAGCUCCUCAACUCUGGGGUCAUUCAGCUCCCCUCCACCUCGCAAGGUAACUUAAGGCUCGGACACACUGAGAAGACUGACUGCCGAUAGGUACUUAGCACCUCUGUCAGCAGUCAACUUUUUGUUGUUCACAUCAUACAGAUCAACCGCUGAUCCGAUCGUUUAAAUACUCCAGACCACAAGGUGGCAGUAGCUUUUUUUAAGCUUUGCUUGGCUUUCGCCUGAUAGCUAAUGUUAGCUAACUAGCAAGCUGUGCUAAUGUUGUUGUUAGCUAGCUAGAAUUUGUAGUAAGCCCAUGUUACUAGCCAGAUGGCCACAACUAGAUAACUUGAGUAGCAAGCAACAUUAUAGGUAUUUAAAUCAAAAUUGAUUUGUUUUUGAAUGGAGCAGCUGACUGUUAGCUGCCAAGAGUCAGUGGAGUAGCUAGCUUGCUUUGUUGUGCUAACUGGCAAAUGGUGAUGCUAACUUUAGCUAACAAGGGAACUGGCACUGACAGUAUGGGAUAAUGGAGAGUGAAUACAAUUAUUUAUUCAUCAUCUUGCUAGAUGGCUAGCUCACAAACUCUAGGCGGCAUUCUGCCUUCUCCGCACAGUUUUCAGCCAUACAUUUUGACAUUUUAGUCAGUUAGCAGACGUUCUUAUCCAGAGCGACUUACAGUUAGUGAGUGCAUACAUUUUUCAUACUGGCUCCCGUGGGAAUCGAACCCACAACCCUGGCGUUGCAAGCGCCAUGCUCUACCAACUGAGCUACAGGAAGCCCUGUACGCUUCGCCCACGAAUACCUUGUGAACUACAAUUCCGACACUGUGUUUUAACAUUUAGAAACGUCAAUAAUCAUCGCUUGUAAUACGGCUUUUCGAAACAUAUGGCCCUUUAUAUUUCAUCAGCGAGAAAGAAUCCUUCAAAUAAAAAAGAUACAGUAGCAGUUUUGCACUGAUCCAUACAGCUAAGGGUGCCUCCAUCUGACAACGUAAUUUCUGCUACACUUCCCGAGUUACGCUUACACACAGGUGUUCGGAGCAUGCUAGAUAGCUAAUAAGCACAGGUGGUCGCCUCUUGUCUUCGUAAACAAGCAUAACAUGGAGAUAUGGCUGUGUGGGAACACUAACUCUAACCCUAUCAAGUUAUGUAUCAAUUUAAUCUUUUGUUUUUUGAAAAUUAUUUCACACCGAUAUGAAAGAUAAGGUCCUUAUGCUUCCAAAACCGUACCACAAGUGACGAGUGUUAAUGUUCAGAUUGAGCGUCGGGGCUCUUAACAAAACUCCCCCGUACAGAAGACGCCUUGGUCCAAAGACCCUUAUGUGUAAUGUAAUGGAACUGAGAGUCAUGAUAAAAGGCUAGCUAGAUAAAGCAUCUAGUGUUAUGUGAAUUGUGCUGCACUUACCACCCAAUGUGUUUCAUAUGAAGUGUUGUGUGACUGCCUGGCUCAGUUAGCAAGCUAACGUGGGAUGGAUGUUACUGGGAAAAGUGCCUUUUUCCCUUUUUUUUGUCUUCUGUUGACACUCCUUUUCGGAGAAGGUGGUAGCUGCAUCCCAAUAUGGCGACUGUAGUAUGGGUGAGUGGGUGUGUCAAGGAAAGUAGUGGGCGUGUGGAAAGGAGUGGAUGUGUCAAGUGCUCUGCUAUAGGUUAGACAGUUUUGAUUGAGUGGUGUUUUUUCUUCUUCAGUUUCUUACCUCACAACUACCGUACAUUGAGCUACGAUAUUGCGAGAGUUUGGACUUCUGUUUUGAAGCCAAAGGAUGAAUCUGAGUCGUAUUUCACUGUUCGUUUUACAGAAAGAAUUGUACAUUUUCAGUUCUAACUGACGAUAGUUUCUUUUCUAUUAAAAGUACUGAUGAUGGGUGUACUGUUGUGUGCUUACUGUGACUGUCACCCUGAUACUAGGUAGUUACUUCCCACGCCGUUGCCGGACAGUAAUGCUUGUCAAGCGGGAGCGAAGGGCACUGUGUCCCAGUGUUGUUGCUGUUCAUGCCCUCCCCAUUACCUAGACCCUUCAAACUCAACUCUGGACCUCAAAGCCAGUUCCACUGCAUGUUUUCAUUGCUCCCCUCUAAUCAGGGGACAGAUUUAGACCUGGGACAUCAGGUGUGUGCAAUUAAUUAUCAGGUAGAACAGAACCAGCAGGCUCCAGACCUAGUAGGGUAAGAGUUGAAUACACCUGACUUAGACUGUAUGUAUCGAGGUGACAUCUAGCUGGUUAUCAAUAUUAGUUAUUUCUUGUGUAGGUUGCUAUCCUACUUAAAAUAAAAUAAUGGGAGGGAAAGAAAUGGCCGUGUUAGCUACCGCUGGUGACACGACUGUGAUAUCACAUGCAGGUCUCAGGUCGGCAGGCAUACAACACCGGUGCACUGGACGCCGUCUUAUCGACUCGUCGUGCAGCCCAAUCAGCCACGCAAAAUGGUCUUUAGUGGCAACAAAUCUGCCCAAUUAUCUGAUUCGCUUUCCAUACACCCACUCCUUUCGACACAUCCACUCGCCCAUACUCCAGUUGGCAUAUUGGGCUGCAGCUACCCAUAGUUGCCUUUUCGGCUCCCCUACAGGGGGUUCGUGCUCUCUGAUUGGCUGAGAUUCAAGUUGUCGUGAAGAAACGUCAGGUUCGUCGGUAUGCAACAGGAGGUGUCUUUUGGUCUAACAAGAGAAUGGCCUCCUACUGUGCUAUCGGCAAUGUCUUCUCCGUGUGUCUUGACAUGUUACUGAGGCAUUUGCUUUUUAGGGAAAAUGUAGCUACAGUGGGGGACAACAAGUAUUUAGUCAGCAACCAAUUGUGCAAGUUCUCCCACUUAAAAAGAUGAGAGGCCUGUCAUUUUCAUCAUAGGUACACGUCAACUAUGACAGACAAAAUUACCAAAAAAAAUUCCAGAAAAUCACAUUGUAGGAUUUUUUAUGAAUUUAUUUGCAAAUUAUGGUGGAAAAUAAGUAUUUGGUCAAUAACAAAAGUUUCUCAAUACUUUGUUAUAUACCCUUUGUUGGCAAUGACACAGGUCAAACGUUUUCUGUAAGUCUUCACAAGGUUUUCAUACACUGUUGCUGGUAUUUUGGCCCAUUCCUCCAUGCAGAUCUCCUCUAGAGCAGUGAUGUUUUGGGGCUGUCGCUGGGAAACACGGACUUUCAACUCCCUCCAAAGAUUUUCUAUGGGGUUGAGAUCUGGAGACUGGCUAGGCCACUCCAGGACCUUGAAAUGCUUCUUACGAAGCCACUCCUUCGUUGCCCGGGCGGUGUGUUUGGGAUCAUUGUCAUGCUGAAAGACCCAGCCAGGUUUCAUCUUCAAUGCCCUUGCUGAUGGAAGGAGGUUUUCACUCAAAAUCUCACGAUACAUGGCCCCAUUCAUUCUUUCCUUUACACGGAUCAGUCGUCCUGGUCCCUUUGCAGAAAAACAUCCCCAAAGCAUGAUGUUUCCACCCCCAUGCUUCACAGUAGGUAUGGUGUUCUUUGGAUGCAACUCAGCAUUCUUUGUCCUCCAAACACGACGAGUUGAGUUUUUACCAAAAAGUUAUAUUUUGGUUUCAUCUGACCAUAUGACAUUCUCCCAAUCCUCUUCUGGAUCAUCCAAAUGCACUCUAGCAAACUUCAGACGGGCCUGGACAUGUACUGGCUUAAGCAGGGGGACACGUCUGGCCACUGCAGGAUUUGAGUCCCUGGCGGCGUAGUGUGUUACUGAUGGUAGGCUUUGUUACUUUGGUCCCAGCUCUCUACAGGUCAUUCACUAGGUCCCCCCGUGUGGUUCUGGGAUUUUUGCUCACCGUUCUUGUGAUCAUUUUGACCCCACGGUGUGAGAUCUUGCGUGGAGCCCCAGAUCGAGGGAGAUUAUCAGUGGUCUUGUAUGUCUUCCAUUUCCUAAUAAUUGCUCCCACAGUUGAUUUCUUCAAACCAAGCUGCUUACCUAUUGCAGAUUCAGUCUUCCCAGCCUGGUGCAGGUCUACAAUGUUGUUUCUGGUGUCCUUUGACAGCUCUUUGGUCUUGGCCAUAGUGGAGUUUGGAGUGUGACUGUUUGAGGUUGUGGACAGGUGUCUUUUAUACUGAUAACAAGUUCAAACAGGUGCCAUUAAUACAGGUAACGAGUGGAGGACAGAGGAGCCUCUUAAAGAAGAAGUUACAGGUCUGUGAGAGCCAGAAUCUUGCUUGUUUGUAGGUGACCAAAUACUUAUUUUCCACCAUAAUUUGCAAAUAAAUUCAUUAAAAGUCCUACAACGUGAUUUUUCUGGAUUUUUUUUUCCUUAAUUUGUCUGUCAUAGUUGACGUCCCCUCUCAAUCAGAAAGAUUUCUGGCUCCCAGGUGUCUUUUAGACAGGUAACGAGCUGAUUAGGAGCACACUCUUAAAGGGAGUGCUCCUAAUCUCAGCUUGUUACCUGUAUAAAAGACACCUGUCCACAGAAGCAAUCAAUCAAUCAGGUUCCAAACUCUCCACCAUGGCCUAGACCAAAGAGCUCUCCAAGGAUGUCAGGGACAAGAUUGUAGACCUACACAAGGCUGGAAUGGGCUACAAGACCAUCGGCAAGCAGCUUGGUGAGAAGGUGACAACAGUUGGUGCAAUUAUUCGCAAAUGGAAGAAGCACAAAAUAACUGUCAAUCUCCCUCGGCCUGGGGCUCCAUGCAAGAUCUCACCUCAUGGAGUUGCAAUGAUCAUGAGAACGGUGAGGAAUCAACCCAGAACUACACGGGAGGAUCUUGUCAAUGAUCUCAAGGCAGCUGGGACCAUAGUCACCAAGAAAACAAUUGGUAACACACUACGCCGUGAAGGACCGAAAUCCUGCAGCGCCCGCAAGGUCCUCCUGCUCAAGAAAGCACAUAUACAGGGCCGUCUGAAGUUUUCCAAUGAACAUCUGAAUGAUUCAGAGGAGAACUGGGUGCUGUAUGAUCAGAUGAGAUCAGAUGAGACCAAAAUGGAGCUCUUUGGCAUCAACUCAACUCGCCGUGUUUGGAGGUGGAGGAAUGCUGCCUAUGACCCCAAGAACACAAUCCCCACUGUCAAACAUGGAGGUGGAAACAUUAUGCUUUGGGGACAGGACAACUUCACCGCAUCAAAGGGACGAUGGACGGGGCCAUGUACCGUCAAAUCUUGGGUGAGAACCUCCUUCCCUCAGCCAGGGCAUUGAAAAUGGGUUGAGGAAUGGUAUUCCAGCAUGACAAUGUCCCAAAACACACGGCCAAGGCAACAAAGGAGUGGCUCAAGAAGAAGCACAUUAAGUUCCUGGAGUGGCCUAGCCAGUCUCCAGACCUUAAUCACAUAGAAAAUCUGUGGAGGGAGCUGAAGGUUCGAGUUGCCAAACGUCAGCCUCGAAACCUUUAUGACUUGGAGAAGAUCUGCAAAGAGGAGUGGAACAAAAUCCCUCCUGAGAUGUGUGCAAACCUGGUGACCAACUACAAGAAACAUCUGACCUCUGUGAUUGCCACCAAGGGUUUUGCCACCAAAUACUAAGUCAUGUUUUGCAGAGGGGUCAAAUACUUAUUUCCCUCAUUAAAAUGCAAAUAAAUUUAUAACAUUUUUGACAUGCGUUUUUCUGGAUUUUUUUUGUUGUUAUUCUGUCUCUCACUGUUCAAAUAAACCUAUCAUUAAAAUUAUAGACUGAUCAUGUCUUUGUCAGUGGGCAAACGUACAAAAUCAGCAGGGGAUCAAAUACUUUCUUCCCUCACUGUACCUAUGAUGAAAAUUACAGGCCUCUCUCAUCUUUUUAAGUGGGAGAACUUGCACAAUUGGUGGCUGACUAAAUACUUUUUUUCCCCACUGUAUGUCAAUGUUGGUGAUGAACUGCUAACAAAAAAUAUUUUCCACCACUACUUCCCUACUAAUUCCUCUCCACUUCCACCUCUCCUCUGUCCUGUAGGGAAUCUCCUCUAUGGUGGAAGCCCCAUCCUGAGUUACCAGAACGGCAAGCUGAUCCUAACUAUCCCAGCUGGCAUCCAGUUUGGCAGCCUGCCCAUGAAACCCAUCCCUGAGGCUUCUACCCACCCCAACCAACGGAGUAGGCCCUGGACUCAGCCUCAACCCUGUCAUCCACCCUGCACCUACCCUUCUCCCAGUGUCCACCUCCGUCCCAACCUCCAACACCCUCCAGACGUCCCCACUCUGCUUCAUCAACUCCUCUCCGCUCUACUGCACUCCUGAGACAGGUGUCCCCACCAACCAGCCCCUCUCCACCACCUCCCCACACACCCUAGACCUCUCUGCCACCCACACCCCUCCCAAUGCCCUCACCCCCGAGAGCAUGCUCUCCCUCAGCCCUAUGUGCAGCGGCGUGACCCCCACCACUCAGCUCUCCCAGAUCAUCUGGAGCCCCGCCCCCCUCUCCACCUCCGCCAGCCUGACUAUGUUUGACAUCCGUGGGAAGGGAGAUCUACCCGAGGACCCGCCUCUGCUGGAUCUACCUGGAGGCGAGGCCCUGUUAAUGGGCAGCCCCUCUCCGGAACAGGAUGUGGACAGGGGGUCGCCAUUGGGGGACCCAGAGGAGAUGGAUGGAGACCCCAAGAUCCUCACCCAGCUACAAUCAGUCCCUGUGGAUGACGAGUUGGGGCUGUAA